UGGAGGGUGGGAGGUAGGCCGCCGGCGCAUGCGCGCUGCCGCAUCAGCUGACGAGGCCCGCAGUCACAACCGGCGGCGGCGGCGGGCAGCGCGACACAGCCCCUUCUCCUGGCGCGACGGGCGCCGUGCAACGGCGAGGUCACCGACUUUGCGCCCAAGUCGCUACAUGCUUCCCACGUGACGUCGGCGGUAUAAUUGGGCGUUUCCUCAUCAGCGCGUCUUCGCAGCGCUGCUCAGGUACAUAACGCUAGGUGCUGGGAUUACGGCUGUGCAGUGACAAGGUCAUGGCAUCGACAUGGCUUCUUGUCGCGGCGGCUCUGGUGGCGUUGCUGUACUGGCACCUCACCAGGACGUUCAGUUACUGGCACAAGAAGGGCGUGUAUUAUCUGCCACCGACUGUCUUCUUUGGGAAUUUAAAGGAGAGAAUAUUGUUCAGAAUUUCAUUCCAUGAAUUUCAACUCAAGCUUUAUAACAAAUUUCAAGGACACAGAGUUGCCGGCUUCUUUGAAGGAAGGCGACCAGCUCUGAUGAUCAGAGACCCGCAACUAAUUCGUGAUGUAAUGGUGCGUCAUUUCGAACAUUUCACCAAUAGGCCUACGUUAAGAACACGGACCAAGCCUUACGUCGAAAAGAUGCUGAUAAAUCUGGAAGGUCAACAUUGGAAACAUGUCAGAACUAUUUUGACACCCACGUUUAGCACUGGCAAACUUCGCGCAAUGGAAGUGCUUGUUCAGAUCAGCGGAGAUCAGUUACGCGAAUUUCUUUACAACACUGUCCCAGAGAAUAAGCCAGUGGAGCUUGAAAUGAAAGAGUUGUUUGGGCGAUUCACCAUGGAUGUCAUUGCUUCAUGUGCCUUUGGGGUGCAAUGCAACUCACUGAAACAGCCUGACGCAGAAUUCGCAAGCACAGCAGCUCGUUUCAAUGACAUAAGUCUAGCUAAGCGCAUUUUGUUGUUCCUGGUCUUAUUCCUAGUACCACCAUUUUUUUUUAAAUACAUCACUCUUUCAUUCUUCAAUAAUGAAGUAAUGGAUUUCUUAGCAUCAGUCGUGCAAGAUACCCGAAAAACUCGUGAAAAAUUGAUUAAUGAACGAAGGAAUGAUUUUCUACAGUUGAUGAUAGAUGCAGCACAAAAGGAAUCUGAGACAAGCACAGAGAAUGUUCUAGAUGAAGACACAAUUACGGCACAGGCUUUGCUCAUCCUUCUGGCAGGAUUUGAAACUUCGAGCACAUUACUUGCUUUCGCAAGUUAUGAACUAGCUAUCAACCCCGAAAUACAAGCCAAAGCUCGCGAAGAAGUGAAUUCUGUACUCAAUCAACACAAAGGUAGUUGCACCUAUGAGGCACUUCAAGAUAUGAAUUACUUGGAAAAUGUUUUAUUAGAAGCUCUACGCAAACAUCCACCUGUUGCUCGUGUUGAUCGUAUAUGUACAGCAGAAUACACAUUCGAUAUAGAUGGGAAAAAAAUUACAGUGGAUCCAAAAUAUUCAGUCUCAAUUCCUGUAAUAGGUCUUCACUACGAUCCACAGUACUUCCCUGACCCUCAGCGCUUUGAUCCAGAACGAUUCUCUCAAGAAAAUCGAUUAAAACGAUCACCUUAUGUAUUUUUACCUUUUGGAGAAGGUCCACGCAACUGCAUAGGAAAACGGUUUGCACUUCUGAGCACAAAAAUAGCAAUGGUUCAUCUCUUAAAAGAUUUUAAAAUAGAACCAUGUGACAAAACUAAUAUACCUUACAAAUAUUCAAAGUUUUCAAUGCUUCUAAAAGCUCAGGAUGGCAUAUUCUUAAAUAUUGAAAGACUGAAUGCAAAACCCACAUAUUAAAAAAAUGUAUUCCUUUUUAAAUGUUUUUCAUAAUUACUCACAACCCAAUACAAUAGCAAAACAUGGUAUGCACCCAUACAAUAUGCAAAAAUAUGCACCCAUUUUUUAUUAGCAACCACGAUGAAAAUAUAAGAAAUUAAAAGCCCAUUUGCUUUGAAAAAGAAAGACAAAACUGAACUAGUGAUCCUACAGAAUGGCACAUAUUUUCUUGUGCUAGUUAGGUUCCUAAUGCAUUUAGUCUGGGCUUGCUAUUUGGUUUUGCCCCAUCCUCUCUUGAGCUACUCAUACCUACACUUAGAUUUUUUUGCAUUUUCUCAAUUUUUUCAGUCCCAUAAUAGUACAUUAGAAAUAUAACUUUGAAUUUUAAAGAAAACUAAAACCUGGCCCUAAAGGUUUAUCUUCACUGGAAAAUUUGGAGAUAUUUUGGAGACAAUAAUAUUUGAGGAUUUCUGAAAAAGCAUGUUUUUGAGGUCAUUUUCACAAUUUUUAAGUUUUGCAAGAAACUUCAUACGAAAUUAUUUGAAACACUUGUUAUUUUGUUGCAUGCACACACACACACACACACAAAUUACACAUAAAAGCACACAUACAUAAAAUACUCUCAAAUACAAUAACUUAUAAAAAUGCCCAUAAUGUAAACAUUAAGAAUAUGACAGAUAUUUCAAAAAAUUACAUUCGUGGAAUUUAAAAACUAUCAAAACAAAAUUACUAUAAAAUGGUGGGUUUUCCCCCCCUUUUUUUUCUUUUUUCUUUCAAGUUAUUCAGUGUAUUUAACAUGAUCUAUAUAAAAGCUUCAAGAAAAAAUUUGGAGGUGUUUUUGAAUUAGUGUAUGAAGUGUAAAUGUUAU